CUUGGCUCUGCACACAAUACACGUAGGCUGAACCCUUGGACACGUAUCAUAGAUGGUGCAAUCUUCCGGCAUAGUAUACCCAACCAGACAACGCCGGAUGACCAGCCUGCCAACAACUACUUCGCUCUCUCCGGCACCCAUCCACAACAAGAACCACAAGAAAGAAAAAAGGAAUCAGGAAAACCAAUUACAAAUCUGCUCAUAUACCGGACCACUAAGAACCAGGCAAGCAACAAAAAUGCCUACACCGACAUUUCCCGGAUCCUGCGUUCGGCUUUCCGGCUUCUUGCCAAACUGCAACAACAAGAACACACCUCACAAAGGCGUGCUGUCUGGCCUCGGCAAGCCGAGAGGAACAACUCACUCGCCCGUGUUCAUGCAAUAAUACCAGCAGAAGAGAAAAGCAAAAUCGGGCAAAUGGCUAAAAAGAAACAAGAUAAGUCUCUACAUCCUAUUCGUCCACUAUUCUUAUCCAAGAGACAAGGAAAGCCGCCACCGGGCGUGUCUUCUACGUCUCGGGACAGCAUGUAUGUA